AUGCUGAGGGAGAUACCUAGCUCUCAAGGCCAGGACAAGCUUCCGCUUAUAGUUUGGAUUCUGGCUCAGGCCUCCCAUGGUGAUUUAUGUGGUGGCUUGUAUUCCUGGGCGCAUGUCUUGUUACCACUAGUCGGUAGUUACAAGAGCUGCAGUCGUCAGUCAAUGGGUCUCAUCCUCCAAUUUGUUGAGAUCAUUUUGUCGAAUCCAGACGCUCGGACCAUACUUGUAAACGGAGCUGUUAGAGAGGGAGAGUCGCUGAUUCCACCUUGUUCCUUUGAGAUCUUGGUGCGGCUUACCUUCCCUGCUCCAGCCGCUAGAGUAAAGUCAACAAAGAGGUUUGAGGCAGUUUAUCCCUUGUUGAAAGAAGUAGCCCUUGCACCAGGAGGAAACGCAGUGGGACACAUAUUCACUUUUUCCUUGAAGUUGGCUGGAGAAGAAGGAAACCCUGGUCUAGCCAAGGAAGCUGCAGCGAUCGCUAUCCGGUGUGUGACAGAAAACGUUGAUUGCUUCAAGGAGUGGGAUAUUCUCUAUAAGGAGAAUCUAGAAGCUAGCGUUGCUCUUCUUAGAAAGCUUGGAGACGAAUGGAAGGACCAUUCCCCUGAAUUAUUAUCAUCAUCACCUUAUCAUGCUCUCACUGUCAAUCGAACUUUGAAUAGCUUCAGGCUCAAGAACGAAACAUCCAUCACUGGAGGAGGAGCCCAUUGUUCACUUUACAAAGAAGCUGACAAGUCGUGCAAACUCAUCUCGCGGAGACUCUCCCGUGGAAGUGGCGGCCUCAAUAUGCCACACAUUGCUCUUCUGUUUCUAACCGCUGCUGCAGGAGCCGCACUUGCUCUACUCUUUCCACUAGUGUGGGUUUCGUUUUUCUUAUAA